AUGGACCCUCCUCCUCCACCACCACCACAACAACAACCACCGCCGUCUCUCACCAAUCCCCGCUUCACAUUGGAGUUGGAAUUCGUCCUUUCCCUCGCAAACCCCUACUACCUCUCUCACCUUGCGAUCAGUUUCCCAAACCUCCUCGGCACAUCGACAGUCGACGAGAAGGGCGAUGAGGACAGCGACGAAGCCGAAUUAUCAUCAUCAGCCUCGGGAAAAGAAGCGCGAGCGUUCCACGCAUACCUUGCAUAUCUCUAUUCGUACUGGAAAACACCCGAAUACGCGCAGUUCCUGACACAUCCCGGCGCGACGCUACGAGCACUUCGCUUACUCCAAGAAGAAUCUUUCCGUCGAGAUAUUAUUCGGCCUCAGGUGAUUGAGAGCCUGCUGGCCACGCAUGGGGAAGACGCUCAGGCAACUACUGCACCGGAGAAUGAAGACUCGGUCGAAAUCGGCAAUGGAACACAGGCAUCAUGA